ACCCCACAUCACAUCACAUGUUGGGUUUUGGAAAUGCAGCUCUGUGAAAUGCUGUUUAUAUUUUGGAUUUGCAGAGUCUGAUCAACAAUCUUGAAAAAUGUGGAUAUUUGGAUGGAAAGGGCAAUCUGGAUUCUCAGCCCGCUCUACAGCUGAGGAAGUUACUCAAGGAAUUGAUGGAACUGGUCUCACGGCAAUUGUUACAGGAGCAUCAAGUGGUCUUGGUCUGGAGACAACACGUGUUCUAGCCUUGCGUGGUGUUCAUGUCAUCAUGGCAGUAAGAAAUACAGAGGCUGGUAGGGAUGUGAGAACGGCAAUACGUAAGGAAAUCCCCACUGCCAACAUCGAUGUCAUGGAACUAGAUCUCAGCUCAAUGGCAUCAGUAAGGAAAUUUGCAUCGGAAUAUAACUCCUCUGGUCUUCCAUUGAAUAUCCUGAUUAAUAAUGCAGGUGUUAUGGCAACUCCUUUCAUGCUUUCCCAAGACAACAUUGAAAUGCAGUUUGCAACCAACCAUUUAGGCCAUUUUCUUUUGACCAACCUUCUAUUGGAGACCAUGAAGAAGACAACAAGGGAGAGCAAAAAAGAGGGAAGAAUCGUGAACUUAUCAUCAGAGGCUCACCGAUUUGCAUAUAGUGAGGGGAUUCGAUUUGAUAAGAUUAAUGAUGAAUCAGGAUACAACAGUAUAUACGCUUAUGGACAAUCAAAGCUAGCCAACAUAUUGCAUGCUAAUGAGCUCACAAAGCGCUUGAAGGAAGAAGGAGUUGCUAUAACUGCUAAUUCCCUUCAUCCUGGAUCAAUUGCUACCAAUCUUCUACGCUACCACAGUUAUAUUAAUGUCAUUGCCAGCACGCUCGGUAGAUUGAUGCUUAAAAAUGUUCAGCAGGGAGCAGCAACUGAAUGCUACGUGGCAUUGCAUCCGCAAGUUAAGGGUGUCAGCGGCGAAUAUUUUAUGGACAGCAACAAAGCCAAUCCAACCUCUCAGGCUAAAGAUCCAGAACUGGCAAAGAAGCUAUGGGAUUUCAGUUUGAGCCUGACGGAUUCAAAGUAACUGGGAACAAAACUCUGUUGUAAAUUGCAAGUCAAUGUCAAUGUCCCUUUUACCAGUUUGAGACUUUGAGUAGAAGCUAAGACGUUGAAUGACCAUGUAAAACAUAUAUAGGUUAUGGCUGGGGACUUAUCCUUGGCCCUUCCUAAAAUUAUGAACUUUUUUUUUCUAUUUUUCUAUAAUGAAAAACUGGGUUAUGGUUCUUAUA